AUGAACGGAGUCAAGCUACAAACAGCUCACCACAAAACGGAAGUGUUGUUGGUGAGCAACUGCAAGUCUAUCCAGCGUAUCGAGAUAGAUGUAGGGGGACAUGCGAGCUCUGAAGCUCCUCGGAGUGAUGAUCGACAACCGGUUGUGCCAUGUCGACUAUGGCUGCGAGAAGUCCGCGAAGGCGAUAAAUGCAAUAACGAGGAUCAUGCCAAAAUGUCGGUGGCCCGAAAAGCAGCACAAGACGUCUCAUUGAAAACGAAGAGGAACCUUGAAAAGCUGAACAGAGCAUUCCGGCUUAUCGUCAUACGAGUCACGAGAGCCUACAGGACAAUAUCGUCCGAAGCAGCAAGCGUUAUCGCCGGGAUGAUCCCAAUCUACAUCACCCUGGCAGAGGAUAUCGAGUGUUAUCAGCGUAGAACCACCAGAAACGAGCGAACGAUGGUUCGAAUCGAUUCGAUGGCGAAGUGGCAGCAGGAGUGGGAUGGUACGGAGAAAGGUAGAUGGGCUCACCGGUUCAUUCCACAUUAG